UAAUAAAAAUUCAGAAUGAAAUUCCAAGAUUGAUACAUUAAAGUCAUACGCUUUCAUUGUUUGUUUAUUUUUGUUGCUUUGGUGAUAUGACUGGGAAUAGCCCAUUGAGUCUUUUUGCAACAUGUUUAUUUUCAUUUUGUUUAAUGACAUUUUGUAAACAUUGUCAGUUUUAAUGUUUAUUUACGAAUGUGUAUUAAUUAAAAUUGAUCUUUAGUGAUUUCUGUUUCUAUUGUGUUUUAAUAAAGACCCAAUCAUGAAUCGCAGAGGUGGCUACAAGCAUUUUCAGUAUCGGCCAUCCUUUCCUACACAAGCUUCAUCUUCUUCCCUCAGUUCUUCAGCAUCCGCUUCAGCUGAUUAUUCUAAAGUAUGUCCACCGAAAGAUAUUGAUCGUCCUGCUGCAUAUAAUUUGGAUGAAGAAAAAGAAGAUCCUAAACCAUAUGGUAAAGAAAGAUUAAAGCGAAGUAAGAUUUUUCAAGACGAGGAGGAAAGCUACUGGGAUCAAGAUGAUGACAAUGACAAUGUUAACAAGUCUGAAAAUUCUGAAAAAGAUAGUGAUAUUGAAUCAAGCCAUUCAAACAAGGACGAUGACCAUGACAAUGACGAAGAAGAAGAUCCAUUAGAUGCUUUUAUGGCUGGACUUGAGAAACAAGUAAAAUCUGAUUCUACCAAGAAAGAAGCGAAGGCUAAUGUGCGACUAGAUAUUGAAGAAGAAGAUAUUCAAGAAUCUUAUUAUAGAUACAUGGAAGAGAACCCUAGAGCUGGAUUAGACUUAAACUUCGAUGAAGAGGAAGAUGAUCUUGUUGAAUAUGAUGACCAAGGAAAUCCUAUUUUGAAUAGAAAAAAGUUAAAAUUCAUAGAUCCACUUCCUGCAUGUGACCAUAGUAAAAUUGGUUACAAACCUUUUGUAAAAAAUUUUUACAUAGAACACGAAGAAAUUCAAUCUUUGAAUGAUGAAAAAACUCAAGAACUUCGUAGGACCCUCGGAAUAUCUGUUAUGGGCGCCAAUGCACCAAAACCAUGUAUCUCUUUUGCUCAUUUUGGUUUUGAUGAACAGUUAACUAAAGCAAUCAUCAAAGCGGGUUAUCAUCAACCAACUCCUAUCCAAUGUCAAGCAAUUCCCAUUGCAUUAUCAGGUCGAGAUGUUCUUGGUGUAGCUAAGACCGGUAGUGGUAAAACCGCAGCAUAUUUAUGGCCAAUGCUUGUUCAUAUCAUGGAUCAACGAGAAUUAGGACCUGGAGAAGGACCAAUUGGGUUAAUUUUAGCGCCAACUAGAGAGUUAUCCCAACAAAUACAUGCCGAAGCCAAAAAAUUUGCAAAAGUAUAUGGAUUAAGAGUUGCAUGUUGUUUUGGCGGUGGGUCAAAAUGGGAACAAUCAAAUGAGUUAUCUCAAGGCGCUGAAAUAGUUGUCGCUACACCAGGAAGAAUGAUUGAUAUGAUAAAAUGUAAAGCCACUAAUUUUGAAAGAGUUACAAUGUUGGUUCUUGAUGAAGCUGAUAAAAUGUUUGACAUGGGAUUUGGAAACCAAAUUGGUUCUAUCUGUGAUCAUACUCGACCAGAUCGUCAAACAUUGCUAUUUUCAGCUACUUUCAAAAGAAAAGUCGAGCGUUUAGCUAGACAUGCUUUAACUGAUCCAAUCAAAGUUGUUCAAGGUGAAUUAGGAGUUGCCAAUGAAGAUGUCACCCAGACUGUGCUCGUUAUGAAGGAAGGGCCGAGUAAAUGGAUCUGGUUAACUGAUAAUCUAGUUAGAUUCACCUCCUCUGGGUCAGUUUUAAUUUUUGUCACAAAGAAAGCCAAUGCUGAAGAGCUCGCCAACAAUUUGAAAGAGCGUGGCUUUGAAUUAGUUUUAAUCCAUGGAGAUAUGCACCAAAGUGAUCGUAAUAAAGCAAUUGGUACCUUUAAAAGGCAUGAAGUCAAUGUUAUGGUAGCCACAGAUGUAGCUGCUCGUGGUUUGGAUAUAACCCAUGUUAAAACUGUGAUAAAUUUCGAUGUAGCCAGAGAUAUUGAUACUCAUACUCAUCGUAUUGGUAGAACUGGUCGAGCAGGUGAUAAAGAUGGUAUUGCAUAUACCUUGAUUACUGAAAAAGAUAAAGAUUUUGCCGGACCUUUGGUGCGUAAUCUUGAAGGAGCAAACCAAGAAGUACCGAGAGAACUGAUGGACCUAGCUAUGCAGUCAAAUUGGUUCAAAAAUUCACGUUUCAAACAAGGAAAAGGGAAAAAAGUUGAUUUUAAUAGCUCAUUCAGUCAAAGAGCCAGACCUGGCUUAGGAGCAGAUAAAAAUAGUUUAGCCUCUGAGAGAAUUUCCUUUUCAUUAAGUGAAAGAAGCUCGUCCAAUAAAACGGAACCACCGAACACUGAUCGAGUUUCUGCUAUUAAAGCAGCAUUUAAAGCUCAAUUUCAAUCUAAUUUCAAAUCAUCAAGUGAUUCAUUGUAUUCAUCUUCACCACAAUCAUCUUUAAAUUCUUCAGCUAUGCCAGUCAAUGACCAAAAUGAAGAGACUUUAGCUUCUAAAGAGUCUCAACCAAGAAAAAAAAGCCGUUGGCAGUAGUGUUUCAUAGUUAGUCUAACUCACCUAAUUAAUAUCAUUCGAAACUCAAAUAAGACAAUAAAAUUGAUUUUUCUCAUCCGUAAA